AUGAGUGGCAUACAGAUCAGGAAGAGGGUUAUGGCUCACUGGAAUGGCAAUCUCCAGGCAAGUUGCAUCCACCUAAAAACCAAAAAGGGUUGCCGCAAGCCCUAUGAAGGCAAGUUCAUGGGACAGUGGCUUUUUUGGCAUUGGUUCAUUAUUGUCCACCCCAUUCAGCCCUCAGGAGAGAGUUGCUCCAUGGUCUCCGUCACUAUUGCCACGUCCUCAGCCUUUUCAAAGUAUUUGUUGAGGUCCGGUUCUUUUAGAUUGGCGUUGAUCUUUGAAUGGCCCAUUCUGGGUAUAGGAGCUCGAGUCUCCGACUACGUCGACUACUGGCGGAGUGAUAACUGCUGA